CGACGGCACCCCCUACUAAUUACAUUUAUGCGUAGCCAUCAAAUGAUUCUAUAGUUUAUUUGCGUGUAGUAAACUACGAACGAAAUUUUAUCUAUUUUUAUUGGAGGUUAAUUAGAGUUUUCUUUAUGGAACUAACGAUUAGCCCUGCGUUGCGUUUCGUGAAACGUUCUUCUUGCGCCGGAAGCAAAGCAAUUUAGCAAACCACUCGGUGGAAGGAAAACCCCCCUCAAAACCCACGGCGCCGCCGCAGCCACGACCACGAGGCGACGGAGCCGAGCACCCCCUUCCCCUACCCGCAUACGAAGCAGUCCCCGAUCCGGACGAUGAGGGCGCGCGCGUCCCACCUCCGCGCGCUCCUCUCGCGGGCGCUCUCUCCCAGCCUCGCCCCUCCUGCUCGCCCUCGUGCUCAGCAGAUCACUGGACCGUGUGGUGCGUCUCGGUUCGGGGCCGCGUUCCUGGGGCGCGCGCGCUUCUUCUCUAGCGACGCCUCGGCUCCGGCGCAGGGCGGGUCGAAGCCCCCCGCGGCGGCGGCGGACGGUGCUGGCGGCGGCGGAGGGGGUGAUGGGCAGUCCGGGAAAUCUGAGCAAGCGGACGCCGGGAAGCCCGUCCGAGGAGGGCCGGUGUCGUGGCUCAGUUUUCUCCUGCUGCUCGUGACUGGAGGAGGGAUAAUUGUGUACUACGACAAAGAAAAGAAGCGUCACAUUGAAGAAUUGAAGAAUAAAACAAGUGCUGCAAAGCCAGGAUUAACAGUUGGCACUGCAGCCAUUGGCAGUCCAUUCAAGCUUCUGAAUCAUGAUGGGAAGCCCGUCACCGAAAAGGAUUUCUUGGGCAAAUGGACUCUGUUUUAUUUUGGAUUCACACACUGCCCUGACAUUUGUCCAGAUGAGCUCCAGAAAAUGGCUGCAGCAAUUGAUAAAAUUAAGGAGAAGGCAAAAUUGGAUGUUGUGCCAGUUUUCAUUACAGUUGAUCCUGAAAGAGAUACCGUUGAGCAAGUUGGUGACUACGUUAAAGAGUUUCAUCCAGAUCUGAUAGGACUAACAGGCACGACAGAUGAGAUAAGACAGGUUGCACGUGCUUACCGAGUUUACUAUAUGAAGACAGAGGAGGAGGGUUCUGACUAUCUCGUUGAUCACUCAAUUGUCAUGUACUUGAUGAAUCCAAAGAUGGAGUUUGUCAAGUUUUAUGGCAAGAACUAUGAUACAGAUUCGCUUGCUGAAGGUAUCAUUAAGGAAAUUAAAGGGCAUGUGUAAACAGUAGUUGAAAUGCCACUUUUCAAUUGGCAGUCUAGUUUCCGAUUUUUUUUUAAGAAUAUGUCCAUGUAAACAGAGACCAAAUGACUCUCAAGGUCAUAUGGCCAUUAGCUGCUGUUUGUUCAUUCCUGAGGAUUAGGAUAUUAUGGUCUCGAGGCAGUUUAUUUCAGCAGAUUUUGGUGCACGUGUUACAAUUUCGAGGCAAAAACUAUCCAACACAAAUAAAGAAGUAUGCACAUUUGCUACUGUUAAUUAUUAUUAUUAUUGCAAUAAA